AUUCCAAGUCUGUCUCUUUGUCAAAAUGCUCUCUGCUCUACGAGGCCUGUCUACAGGACUUUCUCUGAUACCUCAGCUAUGUCGGCGGGAAUGCCUGCAGUCUCAGCUGGGCCCGUCGACCUCUUCAUUACUUCGUUCGCGCCUAUUUCAUUCAUCGCCAUUGCUCGCAAUGACUUUAAACCAGACAAUGCGCCGAAAACGGCCUCAGAAAGUCAAAGCGUCUAAGUCACCACUCCUGGAAACUUGUCCGCAAAGAAAAGGUGUUUGUUCUCAGAUAUUCAUCAUGAAGCCAAAAAAACCCAACUCUGCCAAGCGGAAAGUCGCUCGUGUCAAACUUACUACCGGAAAGACCAUCAUGGCCUACAUUCAAGGAGAAGGCCACAACUUACAAGAGCAUAGUGUAGUCACAGUCAGGGGAGGACGAGCUCAAGAUCUUCCUGGUGUGAGAUAUAAAGUCGUUCGCGGUGCACUGGACUUAGGAGGUGUUGUGAACAGAAUGACAGCACGUAGUAAAUAUGGAGCGAAAGCACCGAAGAAGUAGAGUAAUACAAAGUGUCAAUUAGAAAGUCAAUUUCAAUUACUCAUAUU